UCGCGAUGCAUUCUAACUUGCUUCGUUUCUUCGCCGUUGUAACAUAAUAUAGCUCGUGGCUCAUCUAUUCGUCGCUGCGACCAUACCGUUAAUCAUGUCCCCCAAAUGCAACCCCUCCUCGCCAGAUCCAGCAACGUGCCUGAUGAGACGGAGGGUCUGGCCAAUUUGAAUCAUUCCACCCAUCUUACCAUCUUAUAUGCCCAGUAGUCCAAGUCCUUAGCUGCCCAGUAAUCCCGCAACGCCAUGAGGUUUUAUAAAAAAGCAUAGCCUGUCGAUUUCCUGCGUGAUGUCACCUUACUGCAUCUCAGCUCCGUCGUAGUGCUGACUCCACGAGUUCCGUUUCCAGGCUCCAUAUCCACUUACCACGCUGCCACGCUCUCACCCAUGUAGGUCAGCCGGGUGGCCACGCAUCCUGCACCGAGGUAGCACCACUCAGAGCGAAGUGUGAUCGUCGAAGCCUGAGCCUAAGGUAUAGAUAGAGUUCUUAUCCACUCGUUCGCGCCCAGGUAUUGACCUGGAUGGAUCUUUCUUUUACGAUCACUGUUUGCUGCCUUGAUCCGAUUCCCAAUCAGUCAUCUUCGACUCCGUCCCGGCUUUCGACACUUCAAGAUACGGUGGAGGGGAUCACUACCCGGAACAAGAUAACGUAAUGCCGGACCUCUCAUCACUAACGCCGGCCCAACUGCAAGCGUUACUCAACGGGCCGGCCCUCGCACCACCGGAUGGUGUCAUACCAAACUUCGACAACAGGGAGAAUAAGAAUUAUAUCGCCCAAGCAGUAGUACCAUUAUGUCUAACAUUGACGACGAUAGCGGUCUUCCUUCGGGUUUGGGCUAGGAUAUUCUGCAUAAAGAAGGUUGAAUUUCCUGAUGUAUUAAUGACAGUUGCGUUUGGUUGUUAUGUAACAAAUAUCUACUUUGGAUACCGCUUACUAGAGAACCCGGGCGUGUUCGUCCACACAUGGGACAUCCGUUUGAAGGAUCUGUCAAGCGUUCUCUACCCCUUGUUCCUCAGCGCCAGUUUCUAUAUCGGCGUCGUGUUGACUAUUAAGGCGGCGAUUCUUCUCGAGUGGGCCCGCAUUUUCAUCCCAUACGGGGUACGGAACCGUUUCUUCUGGUGUGUAUACGGUGUUCUAAGCGCCAACACCAUAUUCUACAUCAUCGUCCUCUUUCUCAUGAACUUUGCCUGUACGCCGGUUGAGAAGAAUUGGGAUCCGUUAUUUGUCGGUGGAUCCUGCCCUAUCAAUACACAGGCCGUUAACAUCGCAUCGGCCGUGUUGAAUCUCUGCUCCGAUAUAUUUAUCCUACUCCUGCCACAGCGCAUUAUCUGGGGGCUGAAGAUGUCGACGAGGACGAAGACUGGUGUAUCCAUUAUCUUCGCAUUUGGUAUCAUAUGCAUCAUCGCAGCGGGCUUCCGCCUCGGCGCCGAAAUCGACUACACCAAAUCCGACGACAUCAUCUACAACAUCUCGCCGGUACUCCUAUGGGCGCUCGGCGAAAUGACCUGCAUGUUCCUCGUCUUCGGAGUCCCCAGCGGCGCCAAGAUAAUGUCGGACACGCGGAUCCCCAGCAAACUCGCCUCAUCGCUGCGCUCGCUAGGCGGUCGUUUCCAGCGCAACUCCUCAUCGCGCGGCAGCAACACCGGUGCCUCGUCAUGGCCGCGCUCAAGCAUGAUCAUGAACAACUCGAACACGGAAGCCUCGUCGCGGCCGUACUACCGCAAGAUCGACAACGCGCACAGCGGCAUGCUGCUCACGACGAUGGACUCCACGCGCGGCAUGCCGCCGAACGAUUCCCUCGAGUGUCUUAAGGAUAACACGACUGUGCUGCCUGCGGAGCCGGAGGCCGGUAUGAUAAUACGGACGACGCAGUUCGUGACGCGUGAGGAUUACGGCGGGUAUGAGCACGGGCUUGCGAUAGGGGAUGGAUAUGAACGCCAGCAUCCGUGGGCGAAGGAUCGUGUUUAGGAGCUUGGGUUUAUGGGUUUGGGUUUUUGAUCUUCUCGCGAUUGCGAUUUGGUUUGGGUAUGGAUUGGGAAAGGUUAGGUCGUAAAAGACUUCUAAGAGUCUGGAUCGCUUUGGAUAUAUGAGGGCGGACAGAUGGAUACUAGGUACGGAGCUAUAUAUGUGCCGGAAUAGGCCUGUUGGUAGCUGUGUACAGUUUGUACAUAUAACAAUGGUUAUUUAUAUAUGAUUUCCAAGGAUGCGCCGUUGGAAAUAUCUAUUCUGG